AUGGCGGAGCGUUUUCUGGGCCACACGUCCACGCGUGAUCGGGUGCACAGCUUCAGUAGCCUCUUCUACACUCGGCUCAGCGAAGGAGGAUGGCCGCAGGUGAAAACCUGGACCAAGAGUUUAAGGCAGAAGGAGCUCGCGGGCAUCUUUGCCAAGGAGGUCCUGUUUGUACCAGCCCACGAUUCCACCACGGAGCAUUGGUGGUUGGCCUUGGUGAUCUGUCCGUGGGCGGCCUGCCCGGCGCCGGGCGGCUGCCCCGCGCUGCGGCAGCCCUUCGUGGCCUUCCUGGACUCGAUCGAUCCGAGGCUCUCUUCUUGUGAAGUGGACUCGGAAAACCUCCAGGUUCUGCUCCAGGCUGCUGCCGCCGCAGAUCUGCGGCACCAGACGGCGCUGAAGCUCUUGCGGGAGUACUUGAAGAAGGAAUGGCUGGACUGCUUUGGCGAAGGAGCUGAAGAGUAUUGCGAAGAGUCCAUCCAGGGCAUUUCCAUCGAAGUCCCACAGCAGACCAACAGCACGGAUUGCGGGAUCUACGUGCUGGAGUAUGCGCGGAGGCUGCUGGACGAUCCGCGCCUGCUGGAGCACCUUUGCACCUACCAGGCAGCGCCUGCCCAGCUCACCCUGGUGCCCAGUGGUUCGGCGGCGUCGCUGCGGAAGCGCUGGCGGAAGCUGGGGGAACGACUCAUGGCAGAUGCCAUCCCCAGGCGCAGAUCCAUCCCCACACCAGCCAGAAGUGCGGCAGCCUCCGCAACACGUACCAGGCUUCAAGAAAGCUUCAAGGAGAGUCUGGCGCUACUGGACUCUCAUCUUCCUCGCCUGGCGAGUCAAGGAGCUUGUGCAGAUCGGGUGCUGUGCUUUGACAGCCGCUUCUAUGGGCAUUUGGUGAAGGGCGAGCUGGAGAAGGCGCAUGCCAUCUCUGCGGAGUGCAGGAAAGAGCGUGCUGAAGGCAUCUUCGGACGCAACUUGAUCUUGGUGCCAUGCCAUGACACAGAGAGCUGCCACAUUUGGCUGGCCUUGAUCGUCCAGCCGUGGGCGGCGGUGGCCUUGAACCUGGGCGAUGACCAGCCCUUCAUCGCCCUUCUGGACCUCGCCCCUUGUCAGGCGUCCAGCAAGGAGCAUCAUGCAGGAUCUUGGAAACUGCUGAAGGACUACUUGAUGCGAGAAUGGGACGAGUGCUUUGGGCUCACGGCUGACUACCGCGCCGAGCGCGUCCGGGAGCUGCUCCUCCGCACGCCCGAGGGCCGUGCCGCGCCGCGUGCGGUCUAUGGGCUUCUGGAGCUGGCAAAUCGCUUGCUGGACAACUCAGCUGCUUUGAAGUACCUCUGCGAGCAUCAGGAGGCACCUCCAGAGCUCUUGGCACCUCUGGAAUUGCAGAAGUGGUUGAAGGAUAAGCCGGAUCAGCUGAAGGCCGAAUCCAACGAAGUCUGUUUCUUUUCGCCAUAG